AGGAAAGUGCUUCAGCGGUUCACAUUCAGUUCGGUUUAAGGACUUGCGGCAUCCGAGUGCGAUCCGGCUCUCGUACAAUUUUCUCUCCACUUGGAUUGUGUUGUUGGAUCAGUUUCAUGUUCGCGCGUUUGACGUUUGCCGGUUUAUCAGGAUAGUGGAAAGUUGUGAUGCUUUCAAAUCAGCAAAUGUGCGAAUGAAUAAUGAGUGCGCGCGUAUGUUUUCCGUAGCAUUGGAUUUGUCAAGUUAUGGUGAAUCGGGCGUGGGAUUUCACGGGCUCUAAAAAUAAUUUUGAAUCCGAGAGCGCAGAACGAAGCAAGUGCGAACGCGUGCAAUUCUUCUCUCGGUCACAGUUUAACGGUUGACACGGAUGCUGUGUUGAACGGAUGAAACGAUAGUGUGUUUUUGAUGAACCAUAUUCCGUACGGUUCGGAGCAGUGGAAUAACAAUAACAGUUUUCCUUCGGGAUGGAUAAUAACAACAUUUAUGAAGGCGAAAUAAUUGAAUGACGGAAAUUGGAUUACUCAGCCGAAUGAGAAGGAUCAUCGCGACCCCUCAUUUCAAGAAGUCGUGGUCAGUUUUUCGGUGCCUAUCGAGUAAGAGUCGUGUCCAGUUUAGCGCAAAUUAGUCCAGUUACAGAAUCCUAAUCAAAGGGCAAUUUACAUUCACUUUGGAUACCGAAUAUUAAUUUUGGAGAUGGUGGAUAUAAUCAGCGGUCAGCGGCGGUGUGGAUGUGUGUAAUUAAAAUCCAAUUUACGACACGUGGUGUGGAUCGUGCGGUAGCCACUGUUAGUAAACGUAUAUAUCAAGUGCAAAUGAGCGGAAUUGGUGCCAUUUAAUAAAAAUGCAGCCGUGCAAUUUAGCAUCUUCUUUUGUGCUCUACCAUGCUUGUGCUCCAAGUGCUGGAGUGUGAAAUUUUCCGAAUGUAAUUAAAGGAGGAGCAUGCAUGUCACAGAUUCGAAGCUGGUGUGCAGCAACGUAAAACAAAUUUGCAUAGCAAAGUUAAUUAUAUUAGUGGUGACUGCGUUGAUGAUAACGAUGAUGACAAUGCCGAUGACGAACUGAGCUUCGGCACGAAAGGGGUUGAGCAUACGAAAAGAAGGGAGAACAUGAUGGAUGAUACUUUAAUCAUAGUGUCAGCUGAAGCUUGAAAGGAGCUAAACUUUUUGUGGAUAGCAAAACACAAGCACGGGUGCCUGUGGGAAAUCGUGCUUAAUUUGAAUAAAUUCAAUCUUUCGGGUUACAGUGCAUAUAUAAAGAAGUGAAUCCGUCUGUCACUCUCGCGAAUACAUUUAUUAUUCUUCAAGGGCAAACUCUGCGUCGAGCAUCUUGCUUCAUCCUAGCUGAUGUCUGGAGUACAUCUACCGCUAGAUAGCAGAGCAUCCAACAAGCAUAUGCGUUAGAGCUCUGGUGGACAUUUGUUUGUUGAUGAUGGUGAUCUAUGUAGGUAAACCGUAGAAAGAGAAGAAAAAAAAAACAGCAGUGACAAUAAUUUAUUCAAAUAUAAUCUAACUUUCAUCAUGUUGUUACCACUGGGAGAUUGCCACUGAUUCAAACGGAAUCAUCGCAGACGAGUGGUACAGUGCAAAAGUGCUCCUCUUCACUACCAUCAACUAUGGUACGGAUUUAAUUUCCAUCGUUGCGGUUUUCAACAGGCGGAUCCGCUUACUUCUGAUGUUUCAUCCUUUCCCGCCCGUCACUUCAAGCAAUAAUGGAUGUACAAACGGAAAUGUCGCUUCGCGGUGUUUUAAUUAAUGAUAGAGCCAUAUUAUUCUUUACGAUCCGAGGCCACCGGUUACAGCAUUACGCGCGAAUCCCAAUCUCGUAUUUCGGUUAAUUCAAUCAUGAUAAAGUGGGUGGCAAUGUGAUUUUAACGGCGCGUUAAAAAGUGAAACAAUUAAUCAUCAUAAAAGCCAACAGCCGCAGUAGAGAAAAAAAAAUCCGCGUGAAGACCAAAUAUUAUCACAUUCAACGCUGCCGGUAGUGAUAUCCAGUGAUAUGAUUGAGUUCGGAAAUACAUAAUAUGAAUACGUUUGGGGCUAUUUUACCCAUUGAUGACAACAGAAUUCGGCAAUCACGAAUGUUUGCAAUUAUUGCGGAAAUUAAUCGUCGUUGAAAAGAGGAUGGUCGAAAACGGAUCGAUGUGAAAAAAAAAGUUUGCAUUUAAGUAGUGGAUUGCGUUGGGUUGUGGAAGCGAAAGAUCAUAAAUUGCAGUAAUGGAAUUAUUACAAAUCAAAUCGAUUUCACAUCAUUUGUUUUAUUGGAUAAUUAUUUUCCUAUCGCUUUCGACGGGUCCAUUGGUGCUGCGGGCUGAUCCAGAAACACCGAUCUUCAGGGUAGAUCCACUAGCACUGCUGUCAGGCACACUGCGAACAUAUCAAAGAGCCGGAUGUGAUCGUGAGCUAGUCACCCUGGGCUGCCCUCGGGGCACAAGCAUAUCGAUAGAGGUAGCGCAGUAUGGACGAAGUGGAGAUGCAAAUGAGCAAAACUUGUGUCCGGCCAGCACGGAAGAUAGCCUCGAAAUCAAUAUUCCCGGUACGGAGAUUGAGAUAAAAGCACCCGAAAGCUGUACCUGGCCCAAUGCAUUACAGUAUUCGCUCUUGCAGACUGUGGUGGAAGCGUGCCAAAAGAAAAGACAUUGUAAAUUUUUAGCCUCGCCAAAAACGUUCGGUGGGGAUCCCUGUCCGGGUCACCGAAAAUUCGUGGAAGUAGCUUAUAAAUGUAGACCAUAUGAAUUCCGAAGCAAAAUAGCAUGCGAAAACGAUGUUAUACAAUUAAUUUGCAAUCCAUACUCGAGGAUAGCAAUCUAUAGUGCCAGCUAUGGACGGACGGAAUACGAGAGCCUGCAAUGCUCCCAACCGCAAGGUGUAAAGGAGGAAACAUGCCUUGCAUCUUAUGCUACCGAGACUGUUAUGCAAAAAUGCCACGGCAGGCGAAAAUGCAUGCUGUCUGCAGACAGCACAACUUUCGGCAAACCAUGCCGCCCCGACUCGAGGAUGUAUUUAAAAGUUGUUUACACAUGCGUGCCUCGCAAGGUGUUAAAGGAUCGCUUCGAAGCUGCACCGGAACCGGAUGAGCCACUGCAAAGUGAUUUGGAGCAGGACCACGACGACCUGUAUGAUGAGGAUCAGUUUUUCCGUGAAUCAGACGGCAUCCCACCUGGUCCCGCACCGAAGCUGCAGGGCGGACCGUCCAAUAAUCGAGUUUCCGACAUUCCCAACUAUGUAGCCGUGAGCAGUACUCCGUUGGUACCACCACGCUCGAUACAAGACAUUGCAGAGGACAAUGAGUUCUCAUUCGAAGCACCAAUCCGCCAACCGGAAAACGUUCCUAUCAGAGAUGGUGUUCUCACCGUUCCGUCCAGGAAUGGUUCCGAGCAGAACCCUGAGCGGGCAAAAAUCACUACCACCUCCACCGCUAUAAACCCCCCGCUAGGACAUGCAGGGGCCAGUUACAAUCAGAGCGCCGGAGGAAGCGAUGGCGAAUCGCGGAAUGUUGGCACAACCGCCCUCACAAUCAUUGCCAUGUGGACGGAAGCGUGUACCUUCGUUAAGAAGCACCAGGAGAAAUUUUACAUCUACCUUAUUGUAGCGAUUGCAGCAGCAAUACUUCUCUGUCUGUCAAUAGUAAUUGGACGCGUGGUGGUACGGAAACGCAGAAUAGCGAAGGAGAACGAUAAAUUUCAGACAUCAAACACAGGUGAAACGACGCUCCCAAAUGGCUUCACCGACGAUAUAUCGGAAAUAGAUGCGGAUAUCGAUUUGCAAACCCCACUGCCGGUGCCAAGCGUUUCCCGGAGUGAUAGCUACGGAGCGUACACGCCUUCGCCUGGGCCGUACGGAAAUCUGGGACCAUCCAAUCUAUCACAUACCUCAACCACAAUGCUGGUGCCGCCAUGUUCAAUGAGCUCGAUGAUGAGCACGACCCACCCCGUCGGCUACCUGAAUGGUCCAAUUAAUAUCAUUCCUUCGCAUCUUGGGCAAAGUAUAGGUGGGAUUCGAACACCGAUUGCAGCGAUGAGCACUUUGCCCCGGCAUCAGCAGCCUCCACCAGCGUUUCUCGGAGGCGCUGGUUCGGCGCUGGGCCACUCCCAGACUCUGAGGCGACCCUCCAGCGAUCACGAUGGCAAUAUACCGCGAAGUCUGAACCGAGGCUCAACCAACACCCAGUACUACUACGGGUGACAUCCGGUUCCUGGCCAGCAGUCCGCCCAGUAUACACAAACAGCAACCCAAUCCAGCCCACAGCAACCUCAGUCCAUACUGAAGAACAACAAAGAACCGACCAUUGGCGAGGCCGAAGAUACCAUCGUAAUGUGUCCCCCCAAUCGAACGUAUUGUUUCUAGAACUGUAACAUCAUUUUGCUGCGGAAGCAAACUGCAGUGCUGAACUAUCAAAGUGAUAAAGAUCUAGUGUAUCUAUAAACCAAAGCGAUAAAAAGACGGCUAGCGGAAAGGACUUGAAUGAAAAAGCAAAAGAAGGAAAACCGCAAUCUGUACGUUGACAAAGGAAUGAAAAUUGUUGUGAAGUUUUAAGAUUAGAGAGAAAUCAAGUUUUGAGAGCAAGAAGUGCAAUAUACUGUGACUGUAGACAUGCUGACGUCGCAAAACAGUUCGUUGAGGAAUAUAACAGCCAUUCCAUGCCAAACCGAUAUAGUGGUUCUCAGAUUUUUGUGAAAAGGGGUAGUUUUGUUCUUUAUCGCAAAACAUUAGACCCGUUUUUUUCUAUUUUUACAGUAAGGUGACCAUCUCCAUUUUAGGGUUGUCCGAAAAAUCUACUUUUCCUCUUUUUUCCAAAAAUGAUCUUUUUCAAAAAUUCAUAACUUUUGAACUACUAGACCGAUUCAGAUGAUCGAUAUAUCAAAUGAAAGCCAAUUAGCUAGCAUUUUUGAAAAAAUGACACAUUUGCCAAUUAAUUGAAUUCUAGUCGCAUACAUCCAAUCCAAUCCCAUAGAAAUAUUGAACGAAGACUGAAAACAUGUUAACUUUGAAAAAUCAAUCUCAAACAACAAAUCUCUGAUUUUUGAAUAUGUUAUGUAAAAAACCUCAGCUUCCAAGAAAAGAUAUAGAAAAAUAUAUCUUCCUUGGUCCCGAAACCAUGUAAGCUAUAAAAUACUGAUACAUUAAAUAAUUACGAAAUCAAAAUCCAUUUAUUUCGCAAUUCUAUUGUUUUUUUUUUAAUUUUAUCUAACCAUCAUCUGAAUCGGUUCAGUAGAUCAAAAGUUAUGAAUUUUUGUGUUGGAAAAAAGAGGAAAAAAUUGAUUUUUCGAACAAUCAAAACUCAAAAACGAAAAAAAAACUGGUUUCGACACAUGUUAUUAGAAAAAUCCACAGCUUUCCAGAAAAAAUAUAAAAAAAAUAUAGCGCCUUUGGUCCCGAGACUAUGAAAGAAAUAAAAAACGAAUACAAUCAAUAAUAACGAAAGCAGAACUCGAGUUUUCUGCAGGUAUAGUACUUUUUCUUCAAUUUGAUAUGUCGAUCAUCUGAAUCGGUCUAGUAGUUCAAAAGUUAUGAAUUUUUGAAAAAAGACAUUUUUGGAAAAAAAAAAGAGGAAAAACUUUUUCGGACAACCCUAUAAUGGAAAUGGUCACCCUAAUGAAAAAAAUAAAAAUACGGUUCAAAUGUUUUGCGAUAAACAACAAAACUACCAUUUUUCAAGAAAAUCUGAGAACCACUAUAUCGGUUGGGCAUGGAAUGGCUGAUAAGUGAAGAGCAUCUAUGCUCAAAUGUUGGAAGCGUAUGUUAUUGUCGUUUUACUACUAAUAUAGUUUAAAGUUGGUAAUCAGGGUAUCGUGACAGUCGAAUGAAAAACGGAAGGAAUUCACGAACGAAUUCCUCUCUAUUCGUAACGCUCUCUUACACUCUUCAUUCGUUAAUACUUGGAUGAAGUCAUAUGAAACAAAUCAUAAUGUUAGCUGUGAGUAUUGAGCAAUUUACACCGUGUACAGUUAGAUGAAAAUAAAACGUGUUUUUGAAAGAAAUUAAUCAAAUUGGAAACGAUAGAAUUAGUUAUUGAAGAUAGAUAAAUUAGUGAUGAGAUUAAAGAACCAAAGUUAUGGAAUAAUGUAAGAUAAGUAAAGUGUACAGAUAAAUAGUUUAUUUAUUUUCCGUUGUAACAAUUGAGCAGGUAAUUUAUAUCUAUUACGGUAUAAAUAGCGUAAGA